AUUAUUUUACUUAACAAAAAAGCAAAAAGAAAAAGAAAUUUAAUAAAAUAAAAUUAAAAAACGUGUCUUUUUGCGUCGUAUAUGAAGAAAGACCGAGUCUGAAACUCCAAUGAAAGAUCAAAAACUCAACUUUACAGUUUGAUUUCAAUUUCCGAAGGAUAUAGAUUUUUUGUUUUGAAGGUUUGGUGAAAAUGGACAAGAAUUUGAUGGACAAAGUUUCUGCCUUUGGUGAGCUCCUGAAGACAGAAGGAGCCGAGGUGGGAAGAAAGAUGAGUGCUGGCAUGAGCUCGGUUAGCUUUAAAGUGAAGGAGCUCUUCCAAGGCCCUAACCCUGCUGAUAAGCUUGUCGACGAUGCCACCUCAGAGGCCCUUGAUGAGCCUGAUUGGGCCUUGAAUCUCGAUAUCUGUGACAUGAUCAACCAUGAAAAAAUUAGCAGUGUUGAACUGAUUCGUGGCAUAAAACGAAAGAUAAUGUUGAAGAACCCUAGGGUUCAAUACUUGUCAUUGGUGUUGCUUGAAACUUGUGUCAAGAAUUGCGAGAAGGCAUUUUCUGAGGUAGCAGCUGAGAGGGUUCUUGAUGAGAUGGUUAAGCUUAUUGAUGAUCCUCAGACUGUUGUUAAUAAUCGAAACAAAGCUUUGAUGCUUAUUGAAGCCUGGGGGGAGUCAACCAGUGAGCUCCGCUAUUUGCCUGUUUAUGAAGAGACUUACAAGAGUUUAAAAUCAAGGGGUGUUCGCUUUCCUGGACGUGACAAUGAGAGUUUGGCACCUAUUUUUACCCCUCCUCGCUCAGUUUCCGCAGCUGAAGUGGAUGCUAGUCUUGCAAAUCAGUUUCAACAUGACAUGCAGCUUCAGCAUGACACUCCUCCCCAAGCCUUUACCGCCGAACAAACUAAGGAAGCAUUUGAUGUAGCAAGAAAUAGCAUUGAGCUUCUUUCAACUGUGUUGUCCUCAUCACCACAACAAGAUGCUCUCGAGGAUGACUUGACAACUACACUUGUCCAGCAAUGUCGACAGUCCCAAUCCACUAUUCUAAGAAUCAUUGACACUGCUGGAGAUAACGAGGCCUUGCUUUUUGAAGCUUUGAAUGUGAACGAUGAGAUCCAGAAAGCUCUCUCAAAGUAUGAAGAGUUGAAUGAGCCAUCAGCAGUUCGACGUGAGCCAGAGCCUGCUAUGAUUCCAGUGGCUGUUGAGCCUGAUGAUUCUCCCCGUCAUCCGAAAGAAGAUGGAUUGAUCCGGAAACCAGCAGGUACACGACACGGGACUCACGGUGGAAGCAACGAUGACAUGAUGGACGAUCUCGAUGAAAUGAUUUUCGGUAAGAAAGGUGGAGGUUCAUCCGGAGGGGGUCAAGAUUCAAAGAAGCAACAAGGACCAAAAGAUGAUCUAAUCACAUUCUGAGUGCUAUUCAACACCAUUCACAAUUUACGACACAAGUCCCGUGCCGGGCCAUUGUAAGCAUAGAAAAAGACUGGAAUAGGAAACUCAGGACGGGAUUGCGGACUUUUUCUUUCGCAUGCUACCUUUGAUUGUUCCAGAACGUUAUGUGUAAGUAAUACAUGCUUGGAUUUGUUUACUUGGUUAUCUUUAUGGCUGUCAUAUUGGUGGUUUGAUGACAUGACUGGCUCUUUGCUCAUUGCUGCUUUAUUCAUGUCCUUCCAUUUUAUAUAUUUAUAUGGAAUUAGGGAUAUUGGGUUACACAAUGAAAAUAACUACAUUUUGAUGAGGUUUUUA